AACUGAAUUCUUAUUCGCAUCACUACCAAAGAAAAAAAAUCAUUCGUCUUUUUGUCAAUUGUCAAAAUAGUUGUGUACGAAAAUAGCGAAACGAGAAUUUCGCAAGGCCUACCUUCCAGGUUGUGUUUUAAUUUAUAAUAAUUCAUCCUAAUAAAUCGAUGAUUUAUAAUGGCCACAACAGCGUAUGAGCAUGAUGCUGAUGGCUGUAAGUUUAUCCCCGCGACGCAACGUCCUGACGGUACCUGGCGGAAGCCUCGGCGGAUCAAGGAUGGAUAUGUUCCUCAAGAGGAAGUCCCCCUAUAUGAGAGCAAAGGCAAACAGUUCAAGGCUCGUCAGAAUACAGGGCUUCCAGUGGGGCUGCCCCCUGAGGUAGCAGCCCAGGCACAGAAGAAGAAGAACAACCCUGGUGUCAUUCAGCCUAUCCCAGGCUUGCUCAUCAAUGUUGACAAAAAGAAGAAGAAAAAGAAGUCAGGUGCUGAUGAAGCAGCAGAGAAACUUGCCAAAUGUGAGAUAACUGAGCCCAACUUCUCUACCCCCUCUCCUUCAACCCCCACCAACUCUGCCACAGACCCAGUGAAACGUCUCAAGAACUUAAGAAAGAAACUCAGAGAGAUUGAAACUCUUGAGGAAAAGAUUAAGAGUGGUCUCCUUAAAACUCCUGAUAAGGAUCAAAAAGAAAAAAUGUCAAAGAAAAAUGACAUUAUCAAAGAAAUUGAACUAUUAGAGAAAAAUAGUGAAUAAGUUAUACCAAAUUGAAUUAAAUUUUAUUGUUGACAAACAAUAUGUCAAUAGAUUGCAUGAAUGUGUUCUCUGAGUGGGUGCAAACUGAUGAAAAUUUCUUUUAUUAUAAAUUAUUUACAAAACAUUUUUUGAUGUAGUUAUUUCUGCAACUCUUCCAAUAAUAUUUUGUGUACCUAGCAAAGCAAUUGUGUAUGAUGUUAAAGGUAUCAUAUAAAUAAAAAGACUUACAUAUUGAAAAUCAUAAACAAAUAUUUAAUAAAAUUUAAAUUCUAAAUUCGAGAUUAAAUUUUACAAAAAUAAAGAUAAAAAUACAGCCUGCCCAAUCUCGGAGAUGUAUCUAAUAAUAGAAGUUAUAUUAUCACAUAUUGAAGGUAGGGCUUUGUCUAUUUU